UAAUUUUAAUUAAAAAAAUAAUGAUGAGUCCCGAUGGGCAACGAUUUCGUUGAGAGUUGGCUUGUGUAUAUGAAGAAGCAUGGCCUGGUAGUUGGUUGGACUGUUGUAAGUCAGUAGGGUUUUAGGGUUUGGGGUUUUGGGAAAGAGGAGGAGGAGGAGUCCAAAACCUCAUUGUUCCAUAAGGCGGUGAAGAUGGAUAAAAGCAUGCUAGGAGACUUGGACUCUCUUCCCGAGGAAGCUAAGCUCCGAAUGUCUGCUAUGAUCGACCAGCUCCAGAUCCGCGACAGUCUAAGGAUGUACAAUUCAUUGGUGGAGAGAUGUUUCACCGAUUGUGUUGAUAGCUUCCCGCGGAAAUCCCUAGACAAGCAGGAAGAAACAUGUGUUCGCAGGUGUGCUGAGAAGUUCCUGAAGCACUCAAUGCGUGUUGGCAUGAGAUUUGCAGAGCUUAACCAAGGAACAGCUACACAGGAUUAAGUGUUAGCUCAUCAACUUUUUGCAAUGGAAAACCAAUCGGAAAAUGUUGAAAUGGUUUAUCAUUGGAGUAUGGGUUUAGGAUGGGUUUUGUUAUUUUGUUAUACGUCUGCAUUUGUGAUUAAAUCUGAUAACCUUGUUUAAGGUAGCAUUAUAUACUGGGACGGAAAUGAAUUAAAAACUUCAUUUUGAGUGUCUUGUUUCUCA